AGUGCAGAUUUGCGCCAGAUAACAACAAUAAUAAUAACAGUGUGUAUUUUGCACGCAAAUGCCACACUCUAGUCACCUUGCAGCAGAUUCGGUCGCGACCUCGAAACGCAUCGCCGCUAAAAAACCGACACGAAUUUCGCGCAAUGGACGGAUAGUCGACUGCGAUCAUGCUAAUUGCGAGGGAACACACGGUAUAACGACAAGUGCAAACAGGAAACGUGCUGACCGGCGUGCAGAGAGAUGGGAAGCGAGCAUUACUGUUUGAGGUGGAAUAAUCAUCAAAGCAAUUUACUCGGGGUGUUCAGUCAACUGCUCCGUGACGAAAGUCUAGUAGACGUAACUCUGGCCUGCUCGGAGGGCCACUCUAUACGAGCACACAAAGUCGUCCUGUCCGCGUGUUCCUCCUACUUCCAGACGCUGUUCGUCGACCACCCGAGCAGACACCCCAUCGUCAUCCUCAAGGACGUGCGCUUCGCUGAACUGAGAACCCUCAUCGAAUUCAUGUACAAGGGGGAGGUCAACGUCGAGUACUGCCAGCUAUCGGCCCUCCUCAAGACCGCCGAGAGCCUCAAAGUCAAGGGGUUGGCGGAGAUGACGCGGGAGUACAAGCACACGGAGCCGGAACAGACGGAGCCCACGGAGCUCAUCCGCCGUCCGCCAGGCUCGCGCUCGCCCUCAGUCGACGAGAACGACCGCCUCCAGCCGCCCCCGUCGCCACCCGUACAAAAUCUGCGCGUCUGCCGGUCGCCGAUGGAACAGGACGACGACAAGAGGCCACCGUCACCCGAAAACACCCAUGGCAGUUCGCCCCUCACGAGUGACUGCGGGCCCAGCGACAUGACCAUACACAGUAACAGUAACAAUAUGGCGGCGCCCUGCCCGGGAAUCAAUGCGCCGAUUAUCUGCAGCACGAGACUGCCCUCGCCUAUUAGUGAACCUCUUCCGGGACCUUCGAAUAUGCCGCCAGUUCAACAAGUGCCUCUGAGCCUCAAGAAGGAAGUUGACUGGAGCGGAGGUAUCGAAGACAAAAAUACAGGAGAGAGUUCAUCAGACUUUUCUAGACACCCCCACGAUUCUGCCUCCGUGGACGCGGACCGCCCCACCGGCUCCCCCCUCGAGCGCCCCUCCAGCACCCAGAGCAGCCGCUCUUCCACCCCCUUCGCCCUGCCCUUCCCCUCCCUCCCCUCGUCCAUUCUCGAGGUGGGCCUCAUCCACCCGUCCCUCAUUGGCGAGGAGCUCUUCCGCUGCCCCUCCUGCAUGGCCGCCUUUCCCUCCAUCUGGCUUCUCGAGCAGCACACGGCCCUCCAGCACAUCGGCUCCCUGAACUCGCUGGAGAAACCCUUCAUCUGCGAGCAGUGCGGCCAGAGCUACAGGUACCGAUCGGCGUAUGUCAAGCACCGGGAGCAGAACCAUCGGGCGCGGCUUCCAGCGGACAAGUUGUUCUCGUGCGACGUGUGUGGGAUGCAGUUUAGGUACUUGAAGUCGUUCAAGAAGCAUCGGCUAAACCACGCUCUGGAGAAACUGCACGGGAAGAGCGGGGAGGCGGCGAAGAGUAGCGGGGAGGAAAGCAAGGGGGUGGAUAAUAGUAGCGACCAGGUGUCCAGCUCGAACGAGACCAUCGUGGUGGAGGGGAAGGAGGAGGGCGUGGUGGUGGUGAAGAAAGAAGAGAACUUGAAUGAUGAUGCAGGCGAGGGCGCCUCCUCCGACGCCGAGAAGGCCGACGCCGACCAGGACGACACCAUCGACUCCAUGGCCCUCUCGUACCCCUCCGGCAGCAUGGACAUCCUGCGCGCCUCCCACGACCCCUCCCUCAUCGGCUUCCUGCGGUCGGACGCCGUCGACAAGCAGCGCGAGCGCCGCUUCGCCUGCCCCUUCUGCGGCAAGUGCGUCCGCUCCAAGGAGAACCUCAAGCUCCACGUCCGCAAGCACACCGGCGAGCGGCCCUUCGUCUGCCUCUUCUGCGGGCGGGCCUUCGGGGGCAAGAGCGACCUCACCCGCCACCUCCGCAUCCACACCGGCGAGCGGCCCUACCACUGCGACAUGUGCGGGAAGUGCUUCGCGAGGGCCGACUACCUGUCCAAGCACCUGACGACGCACAUCAACACCUCGCGCUGAUGCUGUUCGAGGGGCGGGGGCGGCGCUUGGCGGCGGCGGGACACGCGGGGCGGGGGCGCGCUCGGCUAGGCCGGGCCGGCGGCGGGGGCAGACUGCGGAGCCCGGGCGAAAGGUUCGCACAGAAGGAAAGAAGAGAGAAAGCUUGUAGAAAAGCUGCGAAAGAUCAUACAAAGAAGAAAUGAAAAGAGUGUCUUAAAUAUAGAUUUACUAAUCCGGGCUUAGAAAAUUUGCGAAGCUCGGACAAAGAGGAAUCGAAAAGAAUGAUCAAUGCACUGCCGAAUUAUGGAAGAGGACGAAGUUUCAAAAAUAGGAGAUAAAAGGAAACGUCUAAGAAUGAAAGUAAAUUUACUAGUGAAGAAUCGAUAAUAAUAAUGCGUAAACUUUUUGGUGAGAAUGUAGAAAAGUGGCGGAUCAUCAAGCAAAGAAGAACCGAAAAGAGUGUCCAGUUACGUCAUGUGUGGGCGUAAAAUAUGAAAAUAAAUUGAUAACAACAACAUAAACUUUUCAUUAAGAAUGCAGAAAGGCCUUAGAAGAUCAGGCAAAGAAGAAAUGAAAAGAGUGCCCAUUUACGUAAGAGAGAAAGAGAAAGAUGAGAGAAUGUCUUAAAUAUGGAUUUAAUGGUGAGAGUUUAGAAAAUCUACGAAGCUCAGACAAAGAGGAAUAGAAAAGAAUGACCAACGUGUCGCCGAAUUACGGGAGAGGAAGAAGUUCGAAAAAUAGAACAUAAAAGGAAACUCCUAAGAAUGACAAGAACGUCUUGAAAAUAAAUUUAUUAGUGAAAAAUCUGGCAAAGACAUAUCAUAACAGAGUGAAAAAAACAAAGGACGAAAGUCAGGAUUAAAAACGGAAAUUACGUCACCAUGAUAGAAUGAAAUGAAAAAGAGAAGGUAAAAAGGAGUCGAUAACAGCAGUAGGUAAACAACUUAUUUGUGAGAAUGUAGAAAACUUGCGGAAGAUCAGGAAAGGAAGAGAUGCAAAGGGUGUCAAUUUACGUAAGAGGGAGAGAGAGGACAGUAUAAUGGAAUGUCUUGAAUACAGACGUACAGCGAAGGCCCUGAUACAGAGGAAUCUAAAAGAAUGAUCACACGUCGCCGAAGUACGGAAAAGGGAGAAGUUUAAAAAAAUAGUAGAUAGAAGGAAAUUCGAAAGAAAACCUAUUUGCGAAAAAUCAGGCACAGAAAUAUUGUUACAGAGUGAAAACAUAUAUAAAGACGAAAGUUAGG